AUGGCGAUAGCUGCGCAGCAUUUGUGCACCGCCGCCGUCAUUGUCAGCCAGUUUGCCGUGGCAUACGGAGCUCCAUCGCAGUCUUUAAGACUGGUAGCAUGCCGCGACAGCGUGGACGUGAACCUGCUAACACGUUGCUACAGUGCCCGGGAGCUGGUGUCUGGCCUCAAGUUGAGUGUUUACACCUCUGAUAAAAAUGACGAGGUGUGCCGUAAGAAACGGUUUUCAACGAUAUACAGUCAGAUUCUGAACGUCGUCUACCACAUUUUCUACUCGAGGUUGUCUCAUUGGAUAGCGGCACCAUCAGGAAUUAAGAGGAAGGACGCCAUCGCCGUGCUGGCGCGCUUGUGCCCGCGCCUUCGCGCGCUCGGCAUCGGCAAGUGCGACGUCAGUGACGCGUGGCUGCGCGCCUUUGCCGAGAGCUGCCCCAACCUCAAGAAGCUCAGCGUGCGCAGCUGCGACCUUGUCACCGACCGCGGCGUCCAGUGCGUCGCCUACUACUGCCGCGGCCUCCAGAAGCUCAACAUCCAAGACUGCCAGAUCUCCAUCGAGGGCUACCGCGCCGUCAAGAGGUACUGCAAGGGCUGCAUCAUCGAGCACACCAACCCCGGGUUCUUCUGA